AUGACUUCGACUAGAGGCCAACUCCCUCUCUCACCACCACCGAUGCGCUCGGAUUCUGUGGUUGAGACUACUCACAGUCCCACUUCCAUGGUCGGCCAAUCUUACUUCCUCGGAUCGUCUCUGAACAAUGUAGAACCCCAUCAACAGAGGGCGAUGCCCGUGAAGCGUCAUUCUGUACCCAUGCCAAGUGGUGGCAUGUAUACAACAUCGCCCUAUACGAUGGCUUACAAUUCAUCGCCUAGCGCGAUGUCGACCAGCUCUUACUAUUCAGCCGACGGUGUCUACGGAAUGAACGGCGUCUACCAACAGCGACCGCUCCCGUCGAACUUUCCUCCGGUCAUGCCAGGUGCUGUGAUUGCAGCAGCUGACAUUCCUGCACCCAACAUGUGGGAGCAUCACCAUUAUAUCGCCCCUUCUAGUCAGGCAACAUACUCUCAAUCUCAGGAUCGCUAUGUCUGUCCGACUUGCAACAAAGCAUUUUCGCGGCCGAGCAGUCUCAAGAUCCACAACCACAGUCAUACGGGAGAGAAGCCGUUCAAGUGCACGCAGGUGGGAUGCGGAAAGGCGUUCAGUGUCCGGAGUAACAUGAAACGCCAUGAGAGAGGCUGCCAUGUGGGAUUGUCCAACAUGAUGGCUUGA